AUGUAUGAUCCUAAUUAUGUUUCUCGAAUUGCAGCAUUGUUGGGGGAGAAUGGGAAAUUGUUGUUUGCUGCUAGAAAAGUUAGAAGAGCAACCAUCACUGAUUUUGUGAUAUCUUUGGUAUCUGAUGAUUUCUCUCGGGCAAGCAACACGUACAUUGGAAAACUGAGGUCCAAUUUUCUCGGAACCAAGUUUACGGUUUAUGACAGUCAACCCCCCUGUGACGCAGCAGUCCAAUCGAAUUGUCGAUCAAAUCGAAGAAUCCAUGCCAAGCAAGUAUCUCCCAGAGUUCCAGCUGGGAAUUACAAUGUAGCUACCAUCUCUUAUGAGCUUAAUGUUCUCCGCUCCAGAGGACCCCGUCGAAUGCAAUGCACAAUGCAUUCGAUUCCCAUCACUGCAAUUCAGGAAGGGUGUACUGCCCCAACACCAACCUCAUUCCCUCACUCACUCGAAGAUCAAUUUUCUGUCCCAUCAACUUCAAAACCCAAGGAGCCUCUCAUCCCAUUCAUCUCCACCAGCCUAUAA